UGAUUAUAACAAUGGAAAUAUAAAGUAGAGGUCCUAAUCAACUUAUCUCAUUCCUCUGAGCAGAAGAGCCAUUGCUAGCACGCCUCUCUAUGGAUCAUCAAGCGCAUGAAUCGCCAUCCCUGCAGCCGGAGGCUCCAGCUCGGGCCCUGCCACACGUGGUUAUCUUUCCCUUCCCAAUCCAGGGCCACGUCAACUCCAUGCUUAAGCUAGCCGAGCUGCUGAUUCUCUGCCUCCAACGCGAUGACGACCUAAGGAUCACCUUCCUCAAUUCCGAGCACAAUCAUAACCGCCUCCUCCACUGCUCCGACGUCACCUCCCGCUUCUCCAACCACCCCACCUUCCGCUUCAAGACGAUCCCCGAUGGACUCCCUUCAGAGACAGCCCGGUCCAAGGACAAUUUACUCGAGGUUUUCAACAACUUAAAACUCAGGGCGAGGGAUGUGCUCGCAGAGUUGAUGGCGCCGUCAGAUGACCAGCCGCCUCCAACGUGCAUCAUAGCGGAUGGUUUCAUGAGCUUCAUGAUCGAUGCCGGGGAAGAGUUUGGGUUGCCAGUGGUCAUGUUCCGAACGAUCAGCGCUUGUUGCUUCUGGGCUUAUUUCUGCAUCCCCCGACUCAUCGAAGCAGGGGAACUUCCUAUCCAAGGAAACCAAGAUAUGGAUAGGAUUGUCACAAGUGUUCCGGGUACAGACGGCUUACUGCGAUGCAGAGAUCUCCCAGGCUUCUGUCGAGUAGCCGACCUGUCUGACCCGCAGCUUCAGAACAUCACACUCCAGACCAGCCAGACCACUCGGGCCCAAGGACUAAUACUCAAUACCUUUGAAGCCCUGGAAGGGCCGAUACUCAAUCAGAUCCGUGCCCAUUGCGCCAACAUCUACACAGUAGGUCCCCUCAACGCGCACCUCAAAUCCCGGCUCCCUGCAGCCAGUCAGUUCCCAAUACGUCAGUCUUCCAACAGCCUCUGGGAAGAGGACCGGAGCUGCCUCAUUUGGCUAGAUAAGCAGCCGGUGAGAUCAGUCGUGUAUGUGAGCUUCGGCAGCCUAGCGGUCCUAGAAAGGGAAGAGCUGACAGAAUUCGGGCAUGGCAUCGUUAAUAGCAAUUACCGAUUCCUUUGGGUGUUGAGGCCAGACUCCGUAGGAAGUCAUGAUCACAUCGAUGCUGAGCUGCAAGCUGCAACUGAGGAGAGGGGCUGCAUCGUCGAGUGGGCGCCACAAGAGGAGGUUCUAGCCCACCCGGCCAUUGGGGGGUUCUUGACGCACAGCGGGUGGAACUCGACAAUCGAGAGCAUAACAGCAGGGGUGCCGAUGGUUUGCUGGCCGUACUUUGCGGACCAGCAAGUCAACAGUAGGUUCGUGAGCGAGGCUUGGAAGGUCGGUUUGGACAUGAAAGACAGGUGCGACCGGACGGUGGUCAAGACGAUGAUCAAUGAUCUGAUGGUGGAAAAGAGGGAUGACCUAUCGAGGUCCGUGUUCGCCAAGGCUAACCAGGCAAAGGAAGCUGUAAGUGUCGGUGGUUCCUCUUGGGAUAAUAUGAACCGUCUGAUUGAGAACAUACUGUCAAUGGGUGGACGCAAGGAAAAUUGAUGUGCACGUUGUUCAUUAGAUUGAAAUGCAUAUUUUUCCACCAAAAAAAAAAAAGAAAUGCAUAUUCAUCUUUCUACCUAAAAUGCCUAUCAGGAAAGGCCAAACUAUACGAGAUGUAUGCAGUUCUUCAAUCUCCUUGGGAAAUUUUAUUUGAUUCAUAGAUUAUUGCAUCAAAA